GAGUGACAGCUGGUGGUUUUUCAGAGAUGGCAGAUGAUGUCGAGAGUAAAGUUCUUCGAUACAAGUCCCGAUUACAAAACAGCACAGAUGAAGAGAAGUUACAAGAAACACUGUUUAAGAUAGCAGACAUUCCUAUCACAGUGGAUAUCCUGCAGAAAACAAAAAUUGGAAAAGUUGUUAAUGGACUCAGAAAAAAAGGUGGGGACUUGGGGAUUCUUGCUAAGGACAUUGUGACAGAAUGGAAGGCCAUGGUGGCUCGUGUACAGUCCCAGGAAGAAGAGGAGGAAAAAAAUGAUCACACCGAAAAGUCUCACUCCAGUCCUGAGGUGGAAAAUAAUGGAGAAAGCCCGGAGCACAAUCACAUAGAGAGGGAUGAUAGCCCAAUAAAGGAAGAGGUAAGAUCACCUCAGGAGAAAAGUCGAAGCAAAGACAUCAAAAAACACAGAACAGAUAGACAUUCAUCCCAUCAACCCUCCUCACACAGCAAGGCUAAAGAAGAAAAACACCAAGAGUCAGAAAACAGGCAUAGUUCUAAAGAUAGUCGACAUUCAUCAAACCGAGAAAAAGUCAGAAAGGAGGAAAAGAAGAACGAGGAAAAUAGAAAAAGUUCAUCAUCUGGAGAUGGCAAAAAGUCUUCUAGCAAUGAUCAUAAACAAUCAAAGAGUGAGAGGAGCUCAAAAUCUCAUACUGAACACUCUAAUAUAAAAAGUGACAAGAGUGUGGAAAAUCACAAGAGUCAUAGAUCUCAUUCCAAGAUGAAAGAGAGUCAACCUAGUAGUAAAAAGGAAAGUCAACACUCCGUGACUAAGCACUCUGAAAGCAGCAGAUCUAGUAAAGACAGUAUUAAACACUCUGAUCAUAAACAUUCUUCAAGCCAUAAAAGUGAAAGUAGAAAGUCUGGGAGUAGGCAUUCCAAUAGUGAGUCUGGAGGUAAGGACAGGAGUCACAGCAGGCAUUCACACAGUGGUCACUCAGAAAGUCAUGCCAAGCAUUCUAGUAGUAGUAGCUCAAAAACUAAAAACCACAAUGACAAGAAAUCUUCAGAUAACUGUGAUAAAGUUAUAAGUAAUACAAAACAUUCCAGUAGUAAAUCUAGUGAUAAAGGCUUUACAGGCAUCAAAAGGUCAAAGCAUACCUUGUCUGAGAGUGAGAGUGAGAAUUCAGAGGAAGAUAAGGAGGAUAGGAAUCAAAGUAAAGUGUUGGGUCAUUGGGACGGGCUGAGCUCGGAUGCGGAGAUGGAGGAGGAACCAGGGGGGUUCUUUUUUAAUGAUGAAUACGUGGACCAUGAAGCCCUACUAAAUGAGGCCCUCAAUAAAUAUCACAUGGGGCCUCCAUCAUUACCUCCUUCUAGCAGCUCAGACAAAAAGUCCCAGGAAAGAUCAGAAAGGGAAGUGGGAAAAGAUCAUCCAAAGAAAGAGAAGCAUUCAGAUCCUAAUAAGAAGAGGAAGGAUUCUGAUGAAAAAGAGAGGAAGGAAAAGAAUAAGAAAGAUGAUUCCCACUCAUCACAUAAAUCAAAGUCAAACUCGAGUUCAAAAUCUAGCAGUCACAAGCAUGAUAGAGAAAACAGAAAACGUAAGCAUGACCAGGAUGGAAAACCAGAAUCCAAAAAGUCCCGCUCCAAUAGCACAGAUGUUGCUUCUUUUGAGGAAAGCAUCGCUAUCCCUGUCAAAAAACCCAAAGCUGAUCCAAAUUAUGAAAAACUUAAAUCCAAGUUUAAGAUAAAAAAGAAAGGAGAAGUACCCAAAGAACCAAAACCCAGAAAUGAGAAGUUAGUGUGUGAUACAUCAGAGGCCGAGAGCAAUAAGAAACUAAAGGUUCCUGUUCCAGGGUCAAAGCUGAAGCUUUCUGAAAGAGACCUUGCUGGCCUCGUUCGUAAUAAUGUCACAGCCACUUACCGCAACUUUGAGGAGGUUCCGUCCGCGACUGCUCAGUUUGACGACUCUCUGAUUGGACAGAAAAGUUACGCCAAGACCCAGGUGUACUCAGGAAAGAGGAAUAAUGCUGUCCCGAAGGUUUACUCACUUCAGGAAAUCUGCAUUAAUCUUCUUAUGAACUACAUCGAUAGUAUUGAAGCUGUUGGAAGUUCUGUGCCAUUCUACAUACUUGAACCAGUGCUUAAAAAAUGUACCCCAGCCCAGCUGUAUAGGAUAGAAGACUUCAACCCUCAUUUCUUGGAGGAGAGUGAUGAUCUGUGGAAGCUACACUGUGAGCGAGAAUUCCGUGACUCCAAGCCUGACGAGUUUGAGACGUACCGGGAACUAUACCUGAGGAAAUUUGAUGAGAAGGAGAGGAAGUUUAAGAUGAUUAAGGACAACAUAUCACAAUCUAUGGCUAAGGCAGCACCAGAGAGGACAGCUAAACUCGCCUAUGUAGAUAGCUAUGUCAAACCGCCGCGCGAGGUUCGCAGACAGCAACUAAAGUACGGAACUGCCGGUCCAUCAUCUGGAGAAAGAUCCAAAAAGUUUGCACAUCUCAUGGACCCUAUUGCUAUUGGCAGGAAAGAAAAGGAGGAAAAGGCUGUAAGACAGAAAGCUCCGAUGAUGCAGAAAACCAUGAUGAUGAUAAAGAAAAUGCGGAGAUAAAACAUCCAAGACAGGUUAAUAUUCACAGGGAGGAAUUAAGCCAUAAAAUAAGAGAUGAACAAUCUAUCAAAGAUAUUUUUAAGAAUUUGUAAAUGUAGUUUUCUGGGACUUUGUUUUUAUUGGUGCUAAUUAAAAUUACAACCACUUGUUGCAAGUACUUUGAAUUCGAAACAAUAUAUUGAUGUUUUUGAAGUGUUAUUGACUUCUUCAUAAAGAAAGGAAUUGCUGUACAAAGUUUCUUGACUAAAAUAUGGAUUGUGUACAAAAUUGCAAAUUAAUGUAAAUGUAUGUACCUGUAAUUAUUUAUGUAAUGUGUUAAUUUUCUGAUGUAUCAUCAGUAUAAAGUCUUUUUAUAUUGGCUACAAAUCAGGAUAAAAGGAUUAUUUUAAUUGUGAUCCUAAGGAAUCACAUUUUCUGAACAUGUAUUUGAGUUAAUUUAUCUGUACAUAGAGUGUAUUCAUAGUCCCACUCAUAUACUGCAGAGUAGGACUUUAAUUCUUUUUAACAGUCGGAAUCUCGAAAUGAAGACAGAAGAUAGUUGAAGUGCUCUUGCAUGCUUAUUUAAUGGGAUUUGGCAUUGACAGAUUCCUUAAGUGCUUGUAACUUGAGACUAGAGUCUUUAUAUUUAUGUGGCUACACUGUUAGAUGAUGUACACUACAAUUAAAGUCUCCUCAGUCACAAUGGUUUACAAAAUCAAAACCAAAAUAUCUUCUUUUUUUAAAUUAGAAAACUGUAUCAUCUUGUUUAUUAUUGUCCAUUAAUCUUUUUGUCCAUCCUAAUUCAUAAUUCUGUAUGUAAUGCAGAAGUUUGAAAUUUACAGCUUACAUUUUAUACAUGCCUGCUAUUGACAUCUGACCAACAUGUAGCAUAAAACUUAGCAAUUUAAAACUCCAAAGAAAAAAGUGAAGAUUUAAGAGAUUAUAAAAAUGGAGCAGUCUUGCAUUUUAAAACACUCAGUAUCAUAGAGUGACAUGAAUCGGACCAAACAAGAGAAGUCUAGAGAACUUCUAAGAAAAAUACCAUCACUUUAUGACUCUGAAGGUUAAAAACAAAACUGAAGGUCUAAAUUACAUGUAUAAACAGUAUCAUAAACAAAGUUGAAGGUUUAGAUGAGUUUACAAAAAAAAAUCCUUCAUAUUGAAGGUAUUAUAAAACCACAUAUGUGUACAAAUUAUUUUGAGAAUAUUUUUCAUAAUUUUGAAUUUUAGUUGAGCUAAAAAUUGAGAAAAAAUUAAACAGCUGUAAAUAUUAUAGUUUUAUACAUGUUUAACAUGCAGGUUUAACCAAAAUAAUUCAGAGAAACCUACGGUCACAAAGAGUACAUAUAGAUCAUUUUUUGCUCAGAAUGACAAGUAUAUUAGUUCAGAUAAGAGCACAUGUAUGAUUUGAAACCAGAUUUGCUCUUUUUUGAGUGUAUUUAGUUAUCAUUGUAGUCUGAAAAGGACAGUGCAAGUUAAAAUUAAUAUAUUCAUAGUGUAAUUUAUUUUUUAGCAGCAUAUUUCAAUUUGUUGAUUUUCACAAGUUAAAAAUGUAAUAUAUGCAUUUGUAGCUUAAUUUAUUUGUUGAUUUUCUCUUUUGUCAUGUUUAUUUUUUGUUUGUUUAUAUGCUAAAUCAUUUUUUUCAAGAUAAAAUUAAUGUUUACUGGGAUUUUUCCCCCAAAGUAGUAUUCUUAUCAAAUAAGGUAAAACACUAAAUACUUCAAUUGCUGGUGCAUGUACAAUGCUUGGAUUAUUUUCCUAUAUAUAUAUUUGCUUAUGUACAUGUACAUGUACAUGAGUUGAUUUUGAAGAUAGCCAUGUAUUGACUGUGGUGAGGGAUUGAAUUUUAUAGUAUGAAGUUAUGAAAGUUUUAUUGUUGAUGCACAAUAAAUUUAAAGUUUUUUAAACCUUA